AUGGCACCCCAACCUCCCCCGAUGCUGUCCAGCAUCAACAACCAGCACAUCGAGUCGACGGCAGAGACGUUCGGGCUGACGACGGAGGAGAUCAAGAACCUGCGGCGGCACGCGGUGGCCGCCAAGGACACGGCCUACUGCCCCUACAGCAAGUUCCGCGUCGGCGCCGUCCUGCUCACCUCCAUCGGCGCCUACGUCUCGGGCGCCAACGUCGAGAACGCCGCCUACCCAGUCGGCACCUGCGCCGAGCGCGUCGCGUUCGGCAAGGCUGUCACCGAAGGCCACCGCGGCUUCAAGGCCGUCGCCGUCGCCACCGACAUCUCGCCGCCCGCCAGCCCCUGCGGCAUGUGUAGGCAGUUUAUCCGGGAGUUCUGCGAACUGAAAAUGCCGAUCUUGAUGUUUGAUAAGGACGGAAAUUACUGUGUCCUGCGGCUAGAGGAUCUGCUUCCCAUGUCGUUUGGUCCAGAGAACCUGAACGGCACAAGACAGCCUGCGAAUUAA